GAUAUGGACCGGACACGAAAAUUGCGGACAGGCUGACCAUUUUCCCAUGAUGAAUGGGGGGGGGGGGGGGGGAUCCACACCCACUUUGUUUACAUAACGAUGACGUAAUAUGUCAAAUUUAUGAAUAGAAAACACGACAUGUCGCGUUUAUGAAUAGAAAACACGACAUAUGUCACGUUUAUGAAUAGAAAAGAGGACAUGUCAACUUUAUGAAUAGAAAUUAAGACAUGUUAACUUUAUGAAUAGAAAUGAGGACAUGUCCAGUUUCUGAAUAGAAAUCUGAGCAUUUGUUUAGUCAAAACAAAUAUGCCGCCAUAAUGAAUACAAAACGGAGCAUUUUCCUUACGGCUACAAGAGUAUUUAAUGAGCCCAGUUUUCGCUAUUCACCACAACACCUUACUUCACUCUAAUGAUAACAUAAUCAGAUUGAGAUACAAAAGCUGUUUACCCAAAAGAUUUACUAUGUAUCACAAUCGGAUCAAUUGUCAGGUAUGUACUAAUUUGUUUUAGUUAUUACCAUCAAACAGAACUUUGAAAAAUAAAUAUUUGUUCCUUAGUCCUUUUUUAAAUUUAUAUCUUUGUUAUUAAUUUCUAUUUUUUCUUUGUUUUAUUUUAGUUAAAAUGGAUCAGACAGACAGUGUACCUCUGCCUGUUUCAACUGACUUCAUGUUUUACGAAGACAGACUUUCAACCUUUAAAAAAUGGCCUAAACAAAUGUCGCAAAAACAAACAGAUUUAGCUAAAAGUGGUUUUUAUUACACUGGCGAAAAUGACGCUGUGAAGUGUUUUUCUUGUAAAAUAAAACUACAUAAUAUGGAAUCAAAUGAUAUUCCUAUGCAGGAACAUUCAAGAUGGUCUCCAAACUGUGUGUUUCUAAAUAUGAUAGGACCUAAAUGUUUAGGAUUUCUCUUUACACCUGCAAAAACGUUUAAACCAACUAUUCCGUCUAGAUGCUUCGUUUUAGAAACAUCUUCAUCAACCCAAAACUCAUCUGGUCAUUUAACUUUAGAUUCAAAACAGUCAACAUCCAACUCGGGGUUUAUAUUUGGCAAACCAUCACAAGACACUGGACUAACAUCUACAACCACGUUUCAAACUGCUGGACAGAAACGGCUGUCUGACUUCAAAGUUGAGCCACAUCAUUUUGUCAAGCAGUCUAAAACAUCAGGUUUUGGUUGUUUUUAAAAAUGGCCACCAAAACUCCCUCCAAAAAGUUGAAACUAAACGUCAAAAAGGCUGUAAAAUACAGUAUGUCAAGAAGAGACAAUCAAAACGUUGAUAAAUCGUGUAUCAUACAACUAGACGGUGACAAAAGUAUUUUCCUGUCAGUAUCUGAAUUUAAAGGUCAACACUACAUACACAUUCGAAAAUGGGAGGACCAGAAACCAACAAAAGAAGGAAUCUCCUUAACUCAACAGAUGUGGUGGGAAAUUCUAAGAUAUAUCACUGAGUUGGACCACAAAAUAGAUUUAUUACAAGACAAGAGCCAGGAUGUAGACUAUAAAUGCCAUCUUGGUAAAAACUGGUACAUUUGUGUGCAAAGCGGAUACCCAUUUGUAAAUAUAAGAAGAUACUGGACUCCUCCAGGAACCGUUAACAUUCACCCUACGAGGAACGGACAGAUUUUAUCUUUUGAUAUGUAUAAUAAAAUGAAGGACUCAUUUAGCCAAGUUAAUGAGUGUAUACCCAAUUUUGACCAGUUUCAACCUUGCUAUAUGCAGAAUGAUCAUGCCAAUUUACUUGGCGCAUUAUCUUGUUCAGUGUGUAACCCCACGGGGUAUAAAGAUCAUGAUAGUUUAUUAGUAUGAUUUGUGUGUGUAUGCUUCUGAUUGCUUUACAGAUUUAUAAGUGAGCAAUGUAUUUUCAAAUAAAAUGUAUUAGAAAUGAAAAUGUUUUAUUGUAUAUAAAUGAAAUGUUUACCCGUAUUAUGUUCAUUUAUCAGUAUGAGUGAUACUAAUCAAUAUUUAGAAAAUAUAUGGUAUGAUAUUAAAAAUCCAGUUUCUUAUUCUGGACCAUUAAUUAACAUUAUACCAACAUGUUAAAAAAGAAGGAAAAUAUGACAUCAGUCUAAGGAAAAUUAAGCAAUGGCUAAAUGAUCAAGACAGUUAUAGUGUCAGAAAACGGGUCUUGAGAAAAUUUAAAAGAGGUCGUGUUGUAGUAAACGGUAUCGAUUCUUUAUGGGACAUAGAUCUUGCCUCUUGUGAAUCUAUAUCUAAAUAUAAUUCUGGUGUACGCUUUUUGAUGGUAACUGUAGAUGUAUUCUCAAGAUACAUGUGGGUUGUACCCUUAUACGAUAAAACUAACAAAGAAACUGUCAGAGGCUUUGAUAAAGUUUUGAGUUCUACAAAUAGACGUCCAGAGACCCUAAGAAGCGAUAAAGGACAAGAAUGGAGAGGUCGUCUUUUUUCAAUCCUAUUUGAAAAAACGUAAUAUUAAUUAUUACUCGACGGAAAGUGAAACUCAUGCUAACUAUAGCGAAGUGUGUAUCAGGUUUCUGAAGCAAGCAAUGUACAGGUACUUUGCCAGUCAACACACGUUUACCUUUACAGACGUUUUGCAGGCGAUUGUUUAUAAUUAUAACCAUAGAAAUCACUCAGGCCUAGGGGGAUAAACACCUGCUGAAGUCAUAAAUUCUAACCAAGAUGAGGUCAGAUAUUUACAGUAUGUCAGUCGUCAAAAGAAGCAGAAAAACACUUCAAAAUCAAAAAGUAUCAUUCCCUACAAGUUUAAAGUACAUGACAUAGUCGCAUUUCUCAUUUAAAACAUCCCUUUCAAAGGGAAUACAAUGACCGUUGGACAACUGAAAUAUUUUUUAUUUCUAAAAUAUAUAAAAGACAAGGCGUUCCCGUAUAGAAAAUUAAGGAGUAUGACAACACACCAGUGACAGGAUCAUUUUAUGAACAGGAACUGCAAAAAGUGAAUAAAUCUAAAGAGACAAAGUGGCACAUUGACACUAUCAUAAAAACACGAAAAGUCAAAGGUGUAAAACAGUCUUUAGUCAGCUGGCUCGGUUGACCUAAAAAAUAUAAUAGUUGGGUACAGAGUAACGAUAUCAGCGAAAAUGACUGACAUUCGUAUUGUAUUACGUUCCACAGACUGUGUUGAUUUUUACAAGGAUAAUAAAACUUACAACUUCCGUGUCGAAUUAAGCAAGCAAUUAAUUUUAGAUGGAAGCUGGAAGGUAGCUUUAACAGAUUUUGCAUUUAGCAACACUAAAAAUUUUCCUUGACAAGAAAUGUUAUAUUUUUGUAGUAAUAUUUGCAAACAUUCCUACGUUGGCUGUUCCAUUAUACCUUUAUUAAGAAAUGCCUUCCUGUACAAUAAAACAGACAGCGCAGUUACCUAUGACAACCCUCACUAUAUUCCUGUAAAAUUAGGAUAUAUACACGAAAUACAGAUUUAUAUAAUUGACCAGAAAAAUCAUCUGGCUUCAUUUUUAGAUGGGACAUUGACAG